CCGCGCUCUAGCAUCACGCACGAUGGCAAGCACUGUGCAGCCAUCCACUCUGUGCAAGGUGGACUAUCUGUCAGUGCUUGUCAUCACUCCUAUCCCUCUUCACCUUGUCAGCCAGCCCACCCACUCCCGAGAGCUCAAGAGCGAGGGCACGACUAAUGGCACGCUGCGAGUUUCGUCAAUCGCGCUGAACAAUCAACACGGCCGCCCUCGCCUCCCUCCCAGACGACGUGUGGGCUUGACCAAAGCCCGCUGCCUGGGAGGGCUCAGAACGCGACGGAGGAGAGCAAGAGCAAGCAAGACGAGGAAGUGGAUGAGAGGGCGACUAACACAAGUGGUCACCGGCGAUGACGCACGCACAUCGCGCAGCGUCGGCAGCGCGCCGUGUCAUCAGCGCGCCCGUCACCGCUUUCUCAUUGGUCCCCGGCGACGACACACGGCGAAGCUCACGCCUGUGACCGGCGCGCCCGGGGAUAGAGGUCAACAAGGGGAGGGCGACGCCCACGACGACUCGACGCCCGCACUAUCGCUUCACGCGCUCGAUGCAGCACGCCGACCCAGCGCCCACAACGACUCGACGCCCGCACCGCGCGUCGCAUGGACCCAACUGAAGGAGCCUGUCCCUGCCCGUGAUGUGCUCGCCGCACACGCGAAGACGCACUUGUUGUGGCGAGACGAGCAGUGCCUGUCAACGCGCUCGUUCCUUGCUUGCUCCACGUCGACGCCCAUGCUGCGACUCACGCCCGACUCGCCUUCUCACCACCCACUCGCCCAUUCGCCUGCGAACGCCCCCUCGACGCCUCCCUUGUCUCGCAUGCCAACGCGCUGACACCAGCACUGGCAUGAGGUGCGCGUCAACUCAAGUUGAGCGCCAAUGCGCUUGUCCAUGACGCCAGCACGAGCAUGAGGCCGCGCCGCCCUAGGUCCAGCCACGCGCGUCGCAUGGGCCCAACUGAGGGGCCUGUCGGUUGCAGCUGGACCAGGCGCCCCGGGCUAGAGGUUGACGAGGGGAGGGGCAGCGCACGCCGUCGGUGUACACGCCGACUCAGCGCCCACAACGACUCGACGCCCGCGCUAUAAGUCGUCAGCGCCGCUGCAACGCCAAGCAACACAUCUCGGAGAGGUCGAUGAGGAGGGGAGCACGAAUGUGAAGGCGAGAGCGCGACAUGUACACCGCGCCCUAGCCCACCGAUUAGCCCACCGACAAUGGGCUACGAGGGCGAGACGCGUUGAACGCUCGACGCGACUGACAUCGCCGGGCAGUGUAUACAUGAUCCGUAGACUGAGAUUUGUACUCUAUAGCUCAUAAUAACAUGAUGUCAUGCCAAUACCGACCCCC